UACGCUCCUGCUCCUUCGCAGCUUCGAAUUCCGGCAAUCUGUCCCGUCUCCUGAAAACUCUCCGUCCCACGCGAUCCUAAAUCCGAGGGGCUGCUUCUCGAACAAAACGCCGUGCAAAUUGUUGCGGUUUACAAAUUUUUCUGCCUAAUUGUUCUUUUCCGGCGAUUGAUUGAAUCUGGGUGCCUUGUUUUGGUGGUGUUUCUUGUAGACGAAUUUAGGGUUUUGUGGUGGAAACAAGUUUCGGCAUUGGAGAGCUCGUGUAUUUUGUGGGUUACGCAAUUCUGCGGAAAAUUGAUGGGCGGGGGAUCUGGCGCGGUUUUAGUUUAACGUCUGCAUCCGAAAUUGUGGGUAGAGUGUCAGGAGAGUUAGGAUUUAUUCAGCGAAUUCCUCACAUAGCAGCGGUUUUGCUACGGUUUCAUGCGGCUGCUAGGAGCCACGCCCUAUACGAAUUUGUAUCACAGUUCUCUAUUCUUUGGGUUAUAGCAAUUUUCUUUUGGGAGUUUUGUGAUUGUCACUGCUAGUAUUGAUUGAUCAACAGUCAAGAGAAAAUUCUGACACUGUCGUGAAUUUGUUUUGAACUAAAUCGAGCACUUAUAGAUCUUAUUUAACCCGUGGGCACCAUGUUUCAGUGUCACUUAUCCUAGGUGCAAGUCGCAUGAUACCUUCGUUAUAACGGCGAUUUCUCAUCAUGUCCCUAGCACCAUCCUCUGAGGGAGACCGGCAUAACAAAUUCAAUAACGAGGGCAUUGAUCCAUCGUUCUCGUCGCCACCCUCUUCCUCUUCGUUCACUCUUUCUCCUCAGGAGUCACCUCGGCCAAAGAGUUCAUCUUCAGCACUGCCUCCGGAACAAGCUCUCCUUUCUGUGGGAUUCAAUCAGGAUUAUGGCUGCUUCGCUUGUGGCACGCAGGCAGGUUUCCGUAUUUAUAACUGCGAUCCUUUCAAGGAGACAUUUCGCCGGGAGUCUGAUGGAACCGGUGUUGCUCUAGUGGAAAUGCUGUUCAGGUGCAAUAUUUUGGCUCUCGUCGGCGGUGGGAAGGCUCCCAGGUACUCUCCCAACAAGGUUAUGAUAUGGGACGAUCACCAGAAUCGGUACAUUGGGGAGAUUUCAUUUUGGGGCGAGGUCCGAGCUGUGCGUUUGAGAAGGGACAGAAUUGUCGUGGUGCUGGAAUUCAAGAUUUAUGUGUACAAUUUUGCUGACCUGAAGCUGCUUCAUCAGAUUGAGACGUUUGGUAAUACGAAGGGUCUUUGCGCAGUGUCUUCUGGACCGACCUCUUGCAUCCUUGCAUGCCCUGGGCAGCACCGGGGAGAGGUUCGGAUAGAGCUUUACAACCAGAAAAAGACUCAUUUUGUGCAGGCGCACGACUCUUCCCUCGCUUGUUUGGCACUCAGUCAGAAUGGUGCUCUGUUGGCCACGGCCAGCAACAAAGGCACUCUGAUUCGCAUAUUCAGCACGGUGGAUGGCACGAAGUUACAAGAGCUUCGACGAGGAGCCGAGCGAACUGAGAUCUACAGUAUUGCUUUCUCUGCCAAUGCACAUUGGCUUGCUGUUUCUAGCGCCAAGGGCACCGUGCAUGUGUUUAGUUUGAAGCCAACAACUGAAGAACCUCGCUCUGAGGCCAUGGCAGCGGCGAGGCCACCAUCUUCAAACGGAUCGAUGGCAUCAACAUUUGGUGGAAGCAGCAGUUAUCUACUUGGUGCUUCAUCAUCAUUAUUGUCAUUUGCAUCCACAAAUGCUGGUUCGUCACUCGCCUUAAUUAAAGGUGUCUUGCCCAAAUACUUUAGCUCAGAGUGGUCGUUUGCCCAAUUUCAUUUGCCCGAAGAAACACGAACAAUCGUUGCAUUUGGCCCACAGAAGAAUACUGUUAUAAUUGUGUGCGAAAACUGCAGUUUUUACAGGUGUUCAUUUGAUGCAACCCGUGGUGGGGAAAUGGUACAGCUUGAGUAUGAGCGAUUCAUGAAGCAAGAUGAAGCGGAGGAACAAAUUACUGCUGCUCAGAUGCGGAGCGUGAAAUGAAUCUGUUUAGUGAAGUAUCAUCUGAAUAUUGUGAUGCGUUCUACGCCUUUCAUCUUUUUCCGGUUUUUACUUACGCUGGCAGCCGUUACACUUACACGAGUGUUUUGUCAUGAUAUCAAUUCAGAUCUUAGAGUAGACUUUACCGCAUACUCCUUGGGAACACAUGCUUCUCAAUGGCUGAUUUAAAGCGUUUGCCUUUAUUUUGCCCUCUAUCGAUCAGAAUGGGCAGCUUGUGUCUCAGAUGUACAGGAAAAGUUUGUAGGAAGACUGUUUAUGUGACAGAUGUGAAUACCAACUCACGAUCAAACAAAGCUAUUUUUCAAUAUACAGAUAACUUUUCUGUUAUGUCAA